CCGGAGUGCGCAGUUUGAAAGCAGCAAGGGACGAUCAAUAUAGAUGUUCAGAAUGCUGCUCGUUUCGCGAAAGCUGGUAAACCCCAGAGCUCCAUUCCUUCGCGCUGGCAGGUGUUAUGCAACUAUAUCCGCAAGCCGCCCGCCCGCUAAAGUCGGAGACUAUGCUCAGGAUGUUGAUACGCCAGCGCUACUUCUCGACCUCGACGCUUUCGAACGCAACUGCCAACGGCUACGGCAAGUGAUGGCACAGUAUCCGGGGGUUGCUGUACGGCCACAUGCAAAGGCCCACAAGUGCGCCCCGGUGGCUCAGCUGCAGCUGCGGCUGCUGGGGGCGGCCGGGGUGUGCUGCCAGAAGGUGGUGGAGGCGGAGGCGAUGGCGGAGGGCGGCGUGACGGACAUCCUGCUGUCGAACCAGGUGGUGGCGCCCCGGAAGAUAGAUCGCUUGGUGGGGCUGGCGGCGGCAGGUGCCCGCAUGGCGGUGGUGGUGGACAGCGAGGCCAACGUGCGACAGCUGGCGGCGGCGGCAGCGACCCGCGGGUCAGUCCUGGAGGUGCUGGUGGAGCUAAACGUGGGGCAGGACAGGUGCGGAGUGGACGCCCCUGCGGCGGCGGUGGCCCUAGCCCGCGCAGUGGCUGCCUGCGACAGCCUGCGCUGGGGCGGCCUGCAGGCCUACCACGGGGGGCUGCAGCACGUGAGAGACCCACGGGUCAGGGCGCAGCGCGUGGGCCAGGUGGCGCUGCGGGUGCGGGCGGCGGUGGCGGCGCUGGGGGCGGCGGGGCUGGGGUGCGAGCGGGUGACGGGGGGAGGCAGUGGCACGUACAGGCUGGAUGCGGCCAGCGGGGUGUUCAGUGAGGUGCAGCCGGGCUCCUUCGCGCUGGGGGAUGCGGACUACAGCAGGAAUGUGCAGGCUGACGGCAGCGAGGGCGAGUGGGAGCAGAGCCUCUGGGUGCUCACACAGGUCACCAGCCUCAGCCCCUCCCGCGGCCUGGCGGUGGUAGACGCCGGCACCAAGGCCCUGUCCCUGGACAGCGGGCCGCCCCGACUGCACCCGGACUUCGUACGGCAGUACGGCACGGAGCUGGAGUACGGCAGCGGGGGGGACGAGCACGGCAAGCUGAUGUGGCCGCAGGGCGCCUACCAGCUCCCCCCCGCCCUGCCCCCCCUGGGCUCCCUGCUCAAGCUGCAACCCGGGCACUGCGACCCAACAGUCAACCUGUACGACUGGAUUGUUGCCGUACGACACGAGGAUUCUAUACGGCAGGAUCCAGCAGCAGGGCAAGAUCCGACGGCACCA